CGGAGGCUAUAAACUGUGAGCAGAGCAAAUUGUGAUUUUAGACAGUCUUUCUAGUUCUGUAUACGUAGUCAGCUAGCUAGCUAGCUAGAGCAAGGACAGGAAGAUUAGUACAGCUUCUGAAAGACUAAAUCAAUGUCUAACUCACUUGGAAAGUGAAUUUAAGUCGCAUUUCAGCAUUGAAGUGAGGGCCAGGGACCUGGACAUCUAGCUAGCUGGUGGUGAGCACUGCAAGACCAAUAAAGAGAUGUCUGCCCGAGAGGGUCAGCAUGAGAUUGGCUACAGCCACAGUGCCAGUCGCAGUUCCUCCACCACAUGCUCAGGGCUCAGCACAAGCUACACUUACAACGACCCCUCUUCCCCGAAACUGGUGAGGGCCACGCACUACCUGAGUGAGCUAGUUGGGAACUACGACACUGAGAAACUGUGCAGGGCGUGUCUGGAGCUGGCGGCACUCAUCCGGGAAGCUGAUCGAGACACUCUCCACAUGCUGUCGGAGAAAGAUAUAGUCGGUUUGGUUGUCAAGGUGAUGGAGUCCUUACCGUCCCACUCUUCUGCACAGCAGGCUGGAUGUGAGGUUCUGCUUUCCUGCAAUUUGCAGGUUGAGUUGAGAUCCAGUAUUGAGGACAGAAAUGCCUACCAGUGUGUUUUGGCGGCCAUGAAGAGUCACCCAGGAGAUGUGGCUCUACUGAGACGGGCAGUACCGGCUCUGGCUUCUAUCGCUGAAUCAGCUCUCAGUGACACUGGCCUCAAGGAGAGCAAGGCGUACAGCUGCGUCCUUAAAGUGAUGAGUCAGCACAAGGAGGAGCCUAUUAUUCAGAGUGCAGGACUCAAGGCUCUCUCAAACCUCCUCAGAAAUGACCAGUACGCAGUGUCCAACAUGGCUCGUCAGGGAGAGCACAUAUUUGUGAUGGAGGCACUCACCAUGCACUCCAGUAUUCCUGACGUGGUUGCCUACGGUUUUCAGACCCUGCAGAUUAUCGCUAGCAACGAUAGUGGUAUGAGCAUUCUCCUGGAGGCGACGGACAUUCUUGUGCUACUCAUGGACCAGCUGCAAAAGUUUGCUGACAAUGAAAUGGUUGUCGCGGCAGCCAGCGGUCUCAUCAAUAUACUGACAGCUGCAGAAGCUGAUGCAGAAGCAGAUGUUUUGACACUUACAGACAUUGUUUCCAUGGAGUCUAUUUCCUCCAAGGCGUCUAGUCAGUCACAGUUCAGCAGUCAGAUGGUCCAGCUGGGCGUCCUGCACCUGCUGACAGAGCUACUGGAGAAGUACACGGAGGUACCUGAGAUACAAGUUCACGUGUUCUCCUCCAUCGAACACAUCUGUGUGCUACCAGAGAUUGACGUAUCAGAGCCCCUCAUGAAGCAAUGGCUGUACCUGCUCAACGAUGCGUUUCAGAACCAUGGCCAGGAGGCGACCAUGAUGGAGGCGGGCUGUCGCUGUCUGGCUAGGAUGCUAGAGCUCAACCCCAACCUUCACACUAGCAUAGGACCAAAUACGGAACAGAUCCCGCUCCAAACCUUUGUCUGGUUGACUCUCCUGGGGCAGUCCCAUCAACCCAACCCUGCUGUCUUCAAGGCUGUUACCAUGGCGCUUUUCUUCCUUGUCGAGGAUGAUGAGUAUCUUCAGCAGCUGUUUCUGGAGAAGGGGGCGUGUGAGGCCACGGUUGAAUGCAUGAGGGAGUAUCUACACGAGGAGACGAGGAACAACUCAUGCGUAGAGUAUGGCUGUAGGGCGCUUAGAGCUCUCCUGAGAUUCCAGAACGGUGACGAGUAUAAGAACCACAUGGUAACCAUAGGGAUAGUAGGAGACCUGAGUCGGAUCCUCGAAGACUUUGGGAGUGACCCUGAGGUCAUCACGGAGGUGUUCUGUGUCAUUGCCUGUCUAGCAGAUCUCGACAAUUUCCAGACAGCUGUGCUCCAGUGUGAGCCUCUAUGUAAGCUGGCCCUGAGUGUAGUCGACAGACACACCUCCCACGAGAUCUUGGUGGAGAGUACACUCGAGGUCCUCAUACUGCUCUCCCAGAAUGAGAAACUGGUGUCCCUGCUCCAUGAAUAUGAAGUGCUGGGUAUGGUUGUGGCUGUCAUGAGAAAACAUUUGGUGUCCCCUGCCAUCCAGUGCAAGGGAUGUCUGUUGAUUCGUCUUCUCUCCGAUGCUAAGUACUUCCUCUCAAGGCAUCUGUGUACGACCGUUGCCAACGUUGCCAUUGACGCCCUCUCCAGGAAGACCGACCCUAACGUCCAAACUGAGGCUCUGGCUUGCAUCUACACGCUGUGUGAGUGUUCCAUGAAAAUGUCUAAAGCCCUGGUCGAGGGAGACGUCCACCUCCUUCUCUUCACCCUCCUUUAUAGAGAUCCCGAGAAAAAUGGACCAUCUCGUAACCUUAGCAAUGUAACAGAUAUUGGCACAGUAAUUGAGGAGGACGAGAAAGACAUCAUUUUCCAGAUCGGAACUGAUAUCAUUUACACUCUGAGUUGCGUCCGAGACUUCAAACAGCAGAUGCUCACCACCGCCAUCCAAGAUGGAAUGUUGGAGGGAGUGAAAGUGUUGAUUGAGAUAGGAGCGGACGUGAAUCACGCUGAAGAUACAGACACACCCAUUUGUCUGGCCGUCCAAUCUAAGAACAAGCAAAUGGUAGAGUUCUUGCUACAAAAUGGCGUUAACAAUGUUCACAAGGCUCUAGCCAUCUCGCGAGAGAUGAAGUUGGACGAGAUCACGGGGCUGUUAUUAGAACACAUUGGGUUGGAUCGCAAUGGAGACGUGGUUAACCUGAGUGGACUGGAACUGAAGGUUGUUAAACCCACCUGGAUUCUGCCAUCAUUAGGUGUCAAGUACAGUCCAGUGCAGACAAGACACAGACGGAACAAAAGUCUGGGAAAACUGAACGAGAUGCUCAAACACCGGCAAAGUAUAGACCUGGGAAAGUCUCCUUUUGCACCGGGAUCGACACUCGCGCUCUCUUCCGGUACUACAAUGGAAUCGGUGACACGGUCAAAGUUUUUUAGGACAGCACGGUAUGGAAGAAGUAGUCGAAUAACUCCCCCACCAUCUGGAAUGGGAAAAGACAGAAUUGAAAAUGGGAAUGAGAUAGAUGGAAUCGAAAUGCAAUCUGAACAGCGUUACAGGGACAGUCCAGAUCGGGACACUGAUAAGAAGGCUAAGAAAGUGUCUACUUUUCGUCGUAAACUAAUAUUGAACUUUGGGAGGUCUCGUAGUCAGACCCCUAACAGUGACGAUAGCAGACAGUCAAGCGGGGAUCACUCUAAAUCUAAACUUAGAAAUUUGCUUUCUAGACGCUCAAAAACACCCGAAACCACUUCGGAUAGGAUGCCAGAAAAGAAAACCCCCGAAAUGCCUACUACACCCACACGUCCGAAAUCCGACAGAGUUCGAAGGUCAGGUGUUUCGGUCGUACAAAUGUCAGAGGGUGGUCUGGGUGAUUAUGAGCCGUCAUUGAGUCCAAUUAAAGGCACACCUACUCACAAAGCCACGAGGAGGCCACCAUCAUUACAAGAAGGAGUAGAAGAACCCGAUUCUGGGUUUGGUAUGAACACAAAUCAAACAGAAGCUACGAUUAUCAAACCAUCCUCGCCAACAACUCCAGAUCACGUAGAAGGCUUACCAAUGUUUAGUAAGAAAGCUACAUUAGGGAGAAGAGGUACAGUCACUGGUGUAGAAAUGUCGAGGCUUCCCUUCAGCAAUGUUGGUGGGCAUAUAAAUAGGCGAGAGUCUUUAGAAGAAGAUGCUAAAAAAAACCAGGAGUUUUUCCUAAGUCCUUCUCAACUGCUUCGUCAACUCAAGAAGCAAAGAGGGCAACGAAAAAAGAAAGUGUCGACUUCAGUCUUUUACACACAGCUAGAUUCUAUCCCACCUAUAGUUACCAUGCCUGGUAAUGCGUCUACGGAAGGCGACGAGUCGUCCAAACUCAGCCCCUUUUCAAUGUCUAGAAGCACUGAGGAUGAAAGUAUGUGCAUAUCUCAAGACUCGGCUUUUUUGGCCUCGAAGGAACUGGACGCAUCGGCUAGCACAGAACAUAGUAUUACACCAACAAGCAGUGAUCAGCUGAGUUUUGUGGAUUCAUCGUUUCAACGCAGUAGCACAAGUAGUAUUUAUUCAAGGGAUUCACGGGAUGAAGUUGAUUUUGGGACGAUUUCAGAAAAAGAUGCAAAAACGCUUGUCCCAACUAGAAAGUUGAUUAAAUCUCUCGAUCUUUCGUCUAAUUUGUUGACGGGUCUGCAAGAGCUAUGGGAAGAGCUUGGUUCAAGCUAUGUGGUACAGCGACUCAAAGGACUUAGGAAACUGGACCUGAAACAGAAUCAAAUUAAGAAGCUCCCCAAAGAGCUUAUGCAAGAGUUAAAGGAUCUGUCCUCACUCAAUGCCAGCUGCAACACCUUUACUGUCUUCCCGAUGGAGGCGGUGCUCAGCCAAAAACUCACGACACUCGACCUCUCAGCUAACCAGAUUUCCACCAUGUCCCAACUUCCCCACCUCCCAAACCUACUUCGUCUCAACCUCUCGAACAACCAACUCGAUGAGUUUCCUAUAACUGUCUCACUCGACCGAAACCAACCACUACUGCCUCACCUACGAUAUCUGAACCUACAGAGCAAUCACAUCUCCUCCAUUGCCGACAUAAAUACCAAGCUAGAGGACUUAGAGGAGCUGAUCAUCUCGAAGAAUAAGAUUUCGAGACUCCCGGACAGAUUUCUGGCUAAUCUAACUUCUCUAAAGGUCCUAGAUGUGUCAAGGAAUGAAGAGCUUGUUCACAUUGCUGGCGAGAUUGCUCAGGAUUUAGUGAACCUCACAACACUCAAAGUGGCCCACAAUAACCUUGCCAUGUUCGAGGCUGACUUCCACAACUUCAUCACCACUGCACCAGUUAUACAGAGUGUGGAUGCCACUGAGAAUGGGCUGACGUCCCUCCCACCCCCCUACGCCUGGAAAUCACGGGCAGUGAGAGAUAUAAGAAUGACAGGUAACAGACUCACUAGGCUGGACCUCUCUGAUGCUGGCAAGUUCUGGCCUCACAUGGAGUGCCUUUAUUUGGGUGACAACAAACUAAAAGAGAUUCCCAAGGAGAUUGGCCGUCUCUCAUCCCUUAGUUGCCUUGACAUCAGUCACAAUCGAGACAUUAGGCAGCUGCCCAACGAGAUGGGCAACUUGGAGUAUCUCUUUAUGCUCAAUCUGCAAGGGUUGAAGAAUCUGUCCCUCGAUCCCAGUCUCCAGAAUGGCCCCACCAAAGCUAUCAUCAACUAUCUCAAGUCGCGUUACACUCGCAGCGUUCCUUACUACCACAUGAAGCUAAUGAUAAUCGGCGCUGCAGCUAAAGGAAAGACAACCCUUCUCACUCAACUAGUGUCCGACAAACCGAUACAGCCCUCGAAAGAAAAGGGUGCAGCUGUACAAUCGGAGAAAAAUAUGGCAACACUUGGAGUUAGUGUGAGGCAGUGGAGCUACCCGUACCGGCCAGGUGGCCAUGGCAAUACAGUCAACUAUCACAUCAAUUGCUGGGACUUUGCCGGACAGAAGGAGUUCUAUAGCACGCAUCAGUGCUUCUUGUCACAGCGGUCACUCUAUGUGCUGGUAUACAACCUAGCUCAGGGUGAGAGCGAGCUUCAACAUUUGUUACCGUGGCUACUCAAUGUCCAGGCUCGUGCCCCUUCCUCCCCUGUCAUCAUUGUGGGCACCCAUAUUGACAAAUUGUCACAGGAAGAGUUUGAUCAACGUCGAAUCAUGAUGAGGGAUAAGAUUCGAGAUAUGAUAAAGAAACCUGGUUUUCCUGGAGAUAUUUACUUCGGAGAGGUCAGCUGCUUCGAUGAUAGGCUGGUCUCGGGCCUACGCAAGAAGAUCAGGAUGCUUAUUGAUGGGGCCAAGCUGAGAGGGCAGAAGAUCAUGGGAGGAAUGGUGCCCUCCAAUUAUUUGGCUCUGGAGGACCUCAUACAGAGGGAGAAGAAGAGACUGGAACGCAGCAGGAGCAAGUUCCCCGUGCUACAGGCCAGCAGACUCAGGGAGCUCAUGGACGAGAGUCGACUCAGCCAGAAGAUGGACAGAACUGAGAUUGAGAGAGCCAUCCGGUUUCUGCACGAGUGUGGGGUGCUCCUCUACUACAGUGACUUCCAGACCAAGCUGAGUGAGCUCUACUUCCUCAACCCCGAGUGGCUGUGUAUGCUCAUGGCGCAGAUUGUCACCAUCCCUGAGAUCAAUCCGUUCAUCAGCAAGGAGGGGUUGAUGAAGAAGACAAACUUGUCUUAUGUGCUUAGAGAGCCAAGAUUCCCAACAGAGUUCCAGCCAGAGUACAUCAGACUUCUGGAGAGAUUUGAAGUUGCCCUGCGGCAGACCCCGGAUACUCUCCUGAUUCCGUCCCACCUUCCCAAGAGGAAGCCGUCUCAGGGGAUUUCCCUGCCCGAGCACACCCCCUCAUCUCGUAUUGUGCGGAGAUACAAUCUUUGCUACAUUCCCCCUGGCUUCUGGCCUCGACUCAUCGCCAGGCUCAUCACUCUACCUCUUCUGCCCACCAACGUAGAGGAGGAAUCUCCGCCCACUAGAGAGGUGUGGUCUGGUGGUAUGUACACGCUUUGGUCUGAGCACUGCUACUUUAUUAUUGAGUUGGUUACCGGAGAGAAGAACAUCUUUGACAUCAUCGUCCCGGCAACCAAUGCUGGUACAAGACUGCUCUGCUCCAUAGUGGACAAUGUGGAGGCUCUCAUUGACGAGUGGUUUCCAGGGUUACGGGAGUUGGACAUAGGGACGGGUGCCAGUCUGGUUACACCACUAUGUCUCUGCCCACUUUGUCCAGAUCCCCCUCACUGUUUCCCAUUGAGGCAGCUGGUAGAGGUGGCCCUCACGGCAGACGAGGUGGAGUGCCCCUCCCACAAGGGGUGUGUCCCACUAGAGCAGCUGGCCCCGGACACUGUCAUCAGUGACCUCGAUCCGUGCUACAAAGUGUCCCCGGACCAAUUUGUCCUCGAGGAAAUUACAAAGAAUGUUCUUGGAAAGGGUGGUUUCGGAGAAGUAUACAAAGCAGAGUUCAGAGGUCAAGCUGUCGCCGUGAAAAUAUUCUCACAGAAAGUGGCGGCCAUAAACAAUGCCACACCCAAUCACCUCGUACGACAAGAGGUACAAAUCCUUAGUCGUAUCAAGCACCCGUACAUUAUCUCAAUGGUUGCCGUGACACUGAGGCCUAAGGCCAUGCUGUUCCUGGAGUUUGCUGAGCUCGGCUCACUUGCCUCCCUCUAUCCCUAUAGCAACCUGAGCAACACUCUCAAACACAGAAUUGCCUUUCAGGUAGCAGGUGCUCUAGCGUUCCUGCACAAGUGUAAUGUGAUCUAUCGUGACCUGAAGCCGGCCAACGUCCUCAUCUUCUCCCUCAGCACAAUCGUGAAGGUGAAUGCCAAACUGUCGGAUUAUGGUAUAGCGUGCUUUGCCACUGAGGGUGGUCUCACCCAGAACAUGGGCACAGCUGGCUACAAGGCCCCAGAACUGCUACUAGCCAGCCACUCAUCCAUGGCCUAUAAUGAAAAGGUGGACAUUUAUUCGUAUGGUCUAAUGCUAUUUGUGAUGAUGACCAACGGCCAUAAACCAUUCGAAGAGCUCAGUGCAGGCUUCGAGAUCGACAAGUUUAUCGUGGAGGGCCGUCCAAUCAAUGACAUUGAUCACUACGGGUGUCCCCCCUGGCCAGACAUGCAGGACCUUAUCAACCACUGUCUCCAGUACUCACCCGCUAACCGUCCCUCGGCACAGGAGGUGUUCGAUCGACUCUGCAGCUCUGAGUUUGUCAGUCUCAAGAGAGCUGUGCAGGUCGAGAGAGACCAAACUAUUCAGAUGUUUGCGACCAGGUGUUUCAAGGAAAGUCAGGGUAGUAAGAGUGUGGAGGUGUGGAUGGCCAGUGUUCUGGGUAGCUCUACCAUGAUCUCCAUCAUGAACCUCUCUGUCAAGAAUGCUUCACCUCAUGGCAUGAUGCUUCCUCCUGGUAACGAGAUACAGAGCAUGAUAGCAGUGGAGCAGGUUGUUGUUCUCAUGGGGACCACCUCCGGCAAUCUGUUUGUGUACGACGCCAAAGACCGCAAGUUCCGUCACCAGCUGGCCACUUUAGAGGACAGCAUCCUCUGUUUGAUGUACUUUAGAGAUUCUUCACAGACCAUCUACGUGUGUGCAGGUCUAGCCAAUGGAAAGCUAGCCUUCUACGACCAGGCUACUAUCAAUAAGGCUAAUGGUCAUGCUCGACUGAUUGCACUGGGAAGUGGCCCAGUCACCAGUGUUAAGCGGUGUCAUGGCCGCCUGUACGCAGCGUGUGGGAGUAACAUUGUCGUGUUGAGGAUCAGUGAUUGGAGCAUGGAACAUCGCUGGAGCACUGUGGACUUAGAAAGUGGCCAUAUCCGAGGGCUAGAGGUGGGGCAAGAUCGUAUCUGGACCACCCACAUCAAGACGCCCAAGAUACAAGUGUGGGACUUGGAGGACGGCAGACACACGGGCACACUUCACUGUGACGUCAUCGUCAACAGCCUCUUAGCUAAAGACCAAGAAAUGGAAGCAUCAGAUGUACGAGUGACCUCAAUACACCUACAACGACCACCCUACUCCACCCUCUGGCUCGGCCUCACCUCAGGUCAUCUUCUCGUCAUUAAUGCCUCCUCUCGUAUCCCGCUAAUGAUCACCAAGCGACACGGAGGUGCCAUUCGAAGUAUUCAGUCUGUGAAGGCCCAGAUAGCGGAGAAACCGGUGCAUCUGAUACUGACGGCUGGGUUUGGGUUUCUACAGCGACCAGGCUACAGUGCACCCACACGAGGCACUCCUGAGUCGUACGGGAACCUGCUGGUAUGGGAGAGUAUCAUGCCCAGAUUGAAACAGCAGUACGAUGAGAUCAAGCAGGGGAUGGAGCCCUACAGAUAACACAGGACCACCUACAAAUAUUAUAGCAGGACUGACUUAUCACUUAAAAUUAAAUAAUAAUUGUGUUCCGUUUGUGAUUUUAUAUUUCUAAGUCUUUUUAUUCUGUAGUUUCAA